CGCUUGCGUUUGCGUACACGACCGAGAGAAAAAUAAUCACGCCUCGCCGUCGCACAUGCCACGGCAAUCCACAAGCACAAGCCAAGCGCAGAGCUCUAUAUAAAGAGCCGGCGAGCAGGCAGAGGCCACCACCGCCGAAGCAUCCACCGAUACACAAGAGCGACCUCAUCAUCUGCCACAAGUGAUUCGCCAUCCCCUUUGAUUGACUGAUCCACCGAUCCCUCGCCGCCGAUGACCAUGGAGGAGGCGCUCAUCUCGCCGGAGCUCCGCGACGUGCUGGCCAAGGUGGCCGUGUUCCUGCUCGUGCAGGGGCUGGUGUACCUCAUCCUCACCAACUCCUCCGACGUCUUCUCCAAGAGCAAGAGGCUCCGGUCCCUCAGCUUCCGGCCCAUGCGGUCCAUGAGCGUGCGCCGCGUCCUGGCGCCGCUCUCCGACGUCCCCGUCGGCACCGACGACGACUCUCCUUUGCCUUCGUCGGCUUCUUCGUGGUCGUCGCGCCGCUGGGGUAGCCGCAAAGAGGAUUGAGCAGCUUGGAGUCAGCGGCUGGUUAGUUCUGACACCAAAUGGGUAGAUACUAGCGAGCUUGAUAAUUCUGUUCUGAACUGUCCUGGGUUUGUUAUCGUGGUUUGACCGUUUGAGAUUUAAGAAUGGUAUUUGUUAAAAAAACUCAGCAUGUAAAUCAGGUUGGGUGGGGCCUUGUACAUAUGUUCAUUGAUUUGAAUCGGGAUGAUGAAUUAUUUGAUUCUUCA